AUGGAGCCGCACGCCGAGGCGCCGCGCCGCAAGCGGAAGAGCAGGUUCAGCGAUGCACCGGCAGACGCCGCCGCGCCCGCGGCGAAGCGCGCAGCCGUCGGAAGCAAUGGAUCUACCCCCGCGCUGGACCCCGCGGCCCUGGCGCGUGCUGCAGCGGCCAAGAUAUCGCGCGCCAUCCCCGGGUCCGCGGCCGCCGCCGCCGCGUUUUCCGUCCCAGCAGCCGCUGCGAGCGCCACACCGGCGCAUCUGGACCCGGAGGAGCUGCGCCGCAUCGAUCAGGAGAAGAAGCGCAGGACGGACCAGAUCUACAAGUCGGUGCAGAGCCAAAUGAGCCACAUCAAGGCGCUGCUGCGGAAGCCUGGUCCUGCUGCUGCAGCUGCUGCGACCGCCGCAGCACAGGCUGCAGGCGUUGGCAGCGGAACGUUCAUGCCGGCGCCGUUGCUGCUGGAUGAACAGGGACGGGAGAUCGACGCCGCGGGUAAUGUAGUCGCCGAGAAGCCGACGGUGGCGCCUGUAGCGACGCUCAAGGCCAAUCAAGCGGGAGCAAGAGGCAGCGACGCAGUUAAGAAGAACCAAAACCCGUACCUGUCACAUCUCACAGUGGGCGAGGAGGACAAGCUGGAAGCUGUGGAUCCCAGGCUGAAGGUCACCAAGAGAGAAACGCGCGCCCGCAAGACCUUUAACUUUGUCGCCCAAGGCACGUAUGUUAAGCAGGCGGAGCAGGUACGCGCUCGCGAUGCCAAGAAGAUGAUGGCUGGAUUCACGUCGGGACGCAACCCGCGCGGGUACCAGAAGGAAUCGAUUGUGCCCAUCGACGAGUCUGCCGAGCCGACACCCGAGGAUGACGAGAAAGCUAGCAGAAUGGAAGUCGACAGCGUCGAAGUUCCACCCAAGCCAGAGAUGUCUACACCCGACGUGGAGUGGUGGGAUGUGGAGUACCUUCCGAAGGACAAGCGUUCGAUGGUGGACAAAUUCGGCUUUAUCAAGGCGAAGGUUCGCAAGGAAGAUCCCGAAUCGACGGUAGCCUACACUGACAUGAAGCUCAAGUGCUGCGGCACUGCUCACGUCAUCGAACACCCGGCUCGGCUCAAUCUGAUUGUGAAGCAAGACGACAAACCGGUGGCUGUGCCACUGCUGCUCACUGCUGCUGAGCGCAAGAAGAUCCGCCGGCAGAACCGUGCUGAUCGCGAGAAGGAGAAACAGGACAAGAUCGCGCUAGGAUUGCUUCCGCCUCCAGAGCCCAAGGUGAAGCUGUCAAACAUGAUGCGUGUGCUGUCUGAGCAAGCCGUGGCGGAUCCGUCGGCGAUUGAGCGCAAGGUUCGGGAGCAGAUUGCGCAGCGCGAGAAGAACCACGAAAUGCGGAAUCUCGCGCGCAAGCUCACACCCGAGGAGCGUCGCGAGAAGAAACUGCGCAAGAUCAAGGAGGACGCCGCCGGAGACAUUCACGUGGCGCUCUUCAAGGUGCCGGAUCUCUCGAACCCGCAACAUCGAUUCAAGGUCGAUGUCAAUGCGCAGCAGUACCAUCUCACUGGCGGCGUGCUGAUCUGCAAGGACAGCAAUAUCAACAUGGUGGUGGUGGAAGGCGGAAGGAAGGCCAUCAAGCAGUACACGAAGCUGAUGAUGCGGCGCAUCGACUGGCUCGGGGCUCGCGAGGCCGAACAGGAGUCGGACAGCGAGGACGAGGACGCUGCCAAGCGCGGCAACGGGUGCCUGCUCGUGUGGCAGGGCGUGGUGGCCCGUAAGGCGUUCAACAACUUCCGCUUCCAGGAGUGCCGGACGACGGUGACGGCGCGGAAGGUCAUGGAGGCCAAGAACGUCGUGCACUACUGGGACCUCGUCGAGAAGUCCGCGGAGACCGCGGCGGCGGCCCCCGCGACUAAGACCGCGCUGGUUGAAGCCGGCGGUCAGAGACUGAGGAGCGAGUGUCAACUUCGCGACAGCCGCAGCGAUAGCCAGCAGCAAAAAAUCAUCGUCAUCCGCUCGCGGCGGUCGCGUUUUCGGUGCACCUGGCUCGGUGCAGACAGACAAGUCUCCGCAGCGGAAAAAUACAGCGGCGGCGGCGGCGACGGCAAUAGUGGCCUCAACCUUGCCAGGAAGAAGCUGUCCGCACCGACAGCUCCUGCGAUCCAGCCGCGGACGUCGGAACGCAACGGCCAACGGCGACGCCAGCAGCAGCAGCGCGCUCACAACACGGAGAGUCUCGCCUCGAGAGCUCUCGCUCGAGUGUCGAUUGAACUGCAACCAGCAAGAAACGGGCCCAGCCGGCAGCAGAGCGCGAGCCCGAGCGCGCCAGAUGGAGGGUGGAGCUCGGGCAUCGAUGAUGGCCGCAGCAGCGUUUGUGCGCCGCUGAGCCCCAUCCCUGCUCCGCGCGCACCAAGCGCGCCGCGCUGCAAUGCGGGCCGAGGCUGUCGCUCGCGUGUGCCUAUCCCGGGGCAAAAGCUACAAGCUCCUGAAGUUGUGGAGCCCGGAUCAGCUCCAUGGCAGCACAUCCAGCAAUCUCUAUGCGCCCGCGGACCUGAGGGUGAGGAACCUUCGGGCCUCGGCGCGUCCUCACCGCGAACAGCAGCGGAAGAGGGCUCGCUCGCACAACCGGAAUAA